GUAAAACUAAUCAAAGAAAAUACAUCAACUUAGUUGGCUUCGAAUCGAAAAAUUUAAAUAAUUUAAAAUUACCGAUGAAUCGUGACGUUUUAUGUUUGUUUUUCUACAAACAUAGAACAGAAAAACGAAUUAUCCGCGAAAGUGCUAAACUUGUUCUUUUUGAGGUUAGUAAGGUGUGGAAUAAGUUUUCAUUGCCUGCAAACAACUCACAUAAUACAAUCGUAAAAAUUGAAAAAUUGUACAAAGAUUGGCAAAUAACUCAAGUGAAUAAAGCUCGAAAAAGAUCUCCAGCUCAACUAUUAGUUGAAAAAAAUUUCAGAGAUUCUCUUGAUCGGUUAUUUGAUAUUGCACCGCAGAAUGCUUUACAGAUUCUGAAUUCUCCUCAAAAAAGAAUUCUGAUUGAUAGUCGGCACAUCUGUAAAACUAGCCAGUUGUUAAAAAACGCUACCGAUGUUCAAGAAGUGCUAAGUACAGCAACUAUUUGCCUAGAUAAUAACUUGAAUGUUGUUCAAGUGGAAAGUACAGAAACAAACUCAGACAUUAACGAGAUUGAUCUAGCAGACUCUAUGUUGCCUCUUUCACAACAUUCUACUGCUUCUACUGCAUCAACUCAAUCAAAUAGUUCUACUACUUCUGACUUUUCUAAUGAACUACCUCUAGAACCAAAACUAAAAAAAAUCAAAUUAAUGACACCGGAAGUUGUUUCAGCAAUGGAUAGAGCUAACGUUACCAGUAGACAAGCGACACAUCUUAUUUUCGCUAUUGCAUCGGCUUUGGGACAUAAUUUAAAUGAUGUCUCUAUAAGUCACCGUACGGUUCAUCGAAAUCGGAUAGAAUUAAGAAAGGAAAUUGCCAAAGAUUUGAAAACUGACUUGAGAAUUGCUCAAUGCGUUGUUAUCCAUUGGGAUGGGAAGUUACUGCCUGAUAUAACUGGCCGGGACAAAGUUGAAAGACUUCCAAUAAUCUUAUCAGGUGUUAAUACUCAGCAAUUAUUAGGAGUACCUAAGCUUGAUCGUGGGACUGGGUUAAAUCAAGCUAUCGCUAUCAAGGAAAUUAUAAAUGAAUGGAACAUCUUGGAUCGUAUUAAAGCAAUGUGUUUUGAUACUUGUCCUACAAACACAGGAUCUGAUAAAGAAACAUGCAGUCGCUUAGAACAAAUGCUAAAAAAGCCAUUACUAUAUUUGGCAUGUCGACUUCACAUAUAUGAGUUGAUUUUGAGAAGCGUUGUUGAAGUUGUUUGGCCAGGAUCAAAUUCUCCUAAUGUACCGAUUUUUGUACGGUUCCAAAACUCUUGGAAGAACAUAGACCAAACAAAGUAUGAGACUGGUAUUCAAGAUUCCAUUAUAAAUAAAGAAGUUCACGGUAAAAAAGACGAAAUAAUUAGUUUCAUCGUAACUGAACUGCAGAAAAAGCAUGACAGAGAUGAUUAUAAAGAGCUUUUGGAAUUAGUGUUAAUAUUCUUAGGUGGUACUCCGAAAAACGGGAUCAAAUUUAGAGCUCCAGGACCAAAUCAUCAUGCAAGAUGGAUGGCUAAGGCUCUAUAUGCUUUAAAAAUCUUCAUUUUUAAAAAACAGUUUAAAGUCAAUGCAACUGAAGUAAAUGGACUGAGAUAUGUCUGCUUAUUUCUAGUUAAUUUCUACACGGUUUCAUGGUUUAAUGCACCUUCUGCGAUAAAGUCAUCCUAUCAAGAUUUGAAUCUGAUCAAAAAUCUUUAUGAAUUCCGUUCUGUCCAUAAAAAAAUGUCUGAAGCAGCAACGGUGACAUUUUCAAGACACUUAUGGUACUUGUCAGAAGAGUUGGUCGGGUUAGCUUUGUUUGAUGACAGAGUUUCCUUACAUGCUAAGAGACAAACCGUAACUGCAAUAAAAACGCGAGAAAGUAAUGCUUCGAAUUCAAAAAAAUUUAUCGUCAAAGACGUAAGCUUAUUAUUAUCGAAAAACAUCGAAGAUUUUGCUAGCAAACAAUCUCUAUUUUUGUUUGAGCAGUAUCAAUUACCGUAUCAAUUUAUGGACAAGGGUCCAGAGCUCUGGGCAUUUGAUCAAGAUUAUCUACAUUGCAAAUCUGUGUUUUCAGACUUAAAAGUUGUCAACGAUCUCGCUGAAAGAGGUGUUGCAUUAAUCCAGGACUACAACAACUGCUUAACGAGAAAUGAAGAACAAAAACAAUAUUUAUUGCAAGUUGUCGAAGAACACAGAAAAAAAUUUCCUUACGUUACCAAAAAUAAAAUUGUAGCUACUUAUUCAAAGAAAUAAAAAAAAAUUUAACUACACGAUUGAAACUAUGAUAAUCGUUUUUGUCUGUUAUUUUUAUUAAGUGAUUAUAAAUUUAUUAUCAUCAUUAUUUAAUCUAAUCGUGUAAAUUUUAUCAUGAACCAAAAUUAUAAUAAUCUAGUCAUAGUAAUCAACUUGAAGGAGGGUUCUAUUUCACAAAUUCUUAUUGUAGUUUUUCUGAUUCUUACUGGAAUUUAGUAAACAA